AUGUGCUUUGAAGAAUCCCCUUGGCCUCUACAGGAAACCUGGCGACGUAUUUGCCAUGAGCAUGAUGAAGUGAUACGGUUCAUCGACAGACAGGAUGUAGAGGAGGGUGAUAUGAUGUGUAAGAGGUGGAAGAAGCCUCCACCAGGGUCCAUUAAUCUUGUAGUUGAUGGUAGCUUCAGACCAGUGGAGAGGUGCAUGGGAUAUGGAGGUAUCGUGAGGGACGAUCAAGGGCAUUGGGUGUUUGGAUUCCAUGGGUUCCAAGAAGGUGGCAACGUACUGAUGUCAGAAGCCCUGGCGUUGAAGACCGGAUUGCAACUCGUGUGGGAGAAAGGAUAUCGGAAUGUGGUUUGCAAUGUUGAUUGUCGUGAGCUUCUAAACUCGGUGAAUGAUGCUGAAAGUCACCGCUUUCUUCCGAUUUUAGAGGAUAUUCAUGCCAUCCUUCUUCGUCCUUGGACGGUGGUACUGGCAAACAUUGAUAUGGAGUACAAUCAACCUGCAGAUUGGUUGGCCAAGACAGGAGCAUCCUCACAUCAAAGUCAUUGGUGUAUGCUUCAUGAUCCCUCAUCGGAGUUAGAAAUCAUCAUCAUGAGUGAUUGCUUUGCUGCUUUUUAG